AUGUCAACCUGCGGGACUCAAGCACGCAAGUGUGCUAGUGCUAAAAGCUCCAAGCAGUCAUCUCACAGUUCUGGCUCAUCAUCGCGAAAAAACAUUGCUACUGCUGAUGCCAAUGCCGAGCGUCGAGGAUCCAUUCCUAUCAUGAGCAAAUUUGAUAUGCACCAAUUCGAUCGUUAUGGGGAACCCGCCUCGACGUCUCCUGUCCAAAACCUAAAACCAGAGGUCGGACGGUCGAAUACAUUGCCCGUGCCCGUGCAGUGUGCUGGGAAUGCCCGAAUUUACCUUCGAACUCAGACGAAGUGA